AUGACUGUUAGCAAUGCAGCAGAAAUGGUUCAGGACACUGGAAUUUCCUCUGUGGUGAACAACGGUCCGCGGGAUCUGUGUAUUCGCCACAAAUCGCUUCCAACGCCUACUGUUAAUCAGUCGAGCGAUGGUGCCUCCGACGUGCCAGUUGCAUGUGAUGGACGUGGGAAAGUGCGAGUGGGGUUUUCCGAAGAACAGGUUAGGGUACUGAAAGAGCGCUACCUUAAAUCAACCUACGUCUCCCCUAGCGAGAGCGCAGAACUGGCCAGAUGUCUGGGUCUCACGGAUAGACAGGAAAGCCUGCCAAUUUCAGUGCCGCUGCGCGACUUAUGCAAGCACUUCUCAUACAUUCCAAAAAUGCCUUACGCCCAGGUGGCUUUUUACAAUUCUGCAGCCAUGAAUCGCAAGUAA